AUGGAGUCAGACCAGACCAAGAACACGACUGAGCAUGUUGAAUCAUUGGACGAUGGCCGUGUAGCCGCCCAAAAAGAAGCCCAGCUCACGGCCUUCGCUCCUGUAGUAGACGAAGCAUUGGAAAGAAGAGUGAUUCGCAAGAUCGACAUGAUGAUAAUUCCAUUCAUUUGCAUUACAUAUCUUAUUACUUAUGUUGACAAGGCAAUGCUUGGAUAUUCUGCCGUUUUCGGGUUGAAGGAGGGAUUGCAUUUGCAUGGAACACAAUACAGCUGGCUUGGAAGCAUGUUUUAUUUUGGAUAUCUCGCGUUCGAGUAUCCAACGACAUUCAUCAUGCAGAAAGUACCGGUCUCAAAAUGGCUUUCCGUUAACUUGUUCAUCUGGGGUGGUAUUACAAUGGCUUUGGCUGGCUGCUCUGGCUUCAACUCCUUUCUAGCGCUACGCUUUUUAAUCGGUGCCUUUGAGUCAUGUUCCACUCCGGCCUAUCUCUUGAUCACAGCCACAUGGUACACUAUUGAAGAACAGCCGAUUCGUAUUGGCUGGUGGUCGACUUUCCUUGGUGUUGCCAAUUCCUUUGGAGGUCUUCUCGCUUUUGGGGUGGGUCAGAUCAACGGCUCAUUGCAGUCCUGGCAGUACCAAUUUAUUUUUAUCGGCGCAAUUUCCUGCGUUUGGUCAAUUUUCAUGUUCUUCACUCUUGCUGAGCAUCCUUCAACAGCUCCAUGGUUGAAAGAAGAAGAAAAGAAAGCCGCUGUACAAAGAUUGGGGCCCAGGCACCCUGGAGCGAACCACCGAGAGAUCAAAAAAUACCAGAUUGUUGAAGCACUCACCGAUCCAAAGACUUGGCUUUUCUUUUUUUGCGGAGUCGCCACUCAGGUUGUGAAUGGAGCUGCCAGUAACUUUGGUAGUCUUAUCAUCGAGGGAUUCGGAUACUCGAACCUCGUUACGACCUUGUUUCAAAUACCCUACGGCAUGGUCAUUCUAGUCUCCAACGUCUCUGCCAUGUAUCUUCAGCGAUGGCUGCCAGGGCAGAAACGCUGCUUUGUGGCUAUACUUUAUAUCUGCCCUGCCCUAGCAGGAGCAGUGGGCAUCCACACCAUUUCCCGAAACCACAAGGCUGGACUAUUAGUUUGCUACUGGUUGACGAGCACUUACACCGCUUCAUUUGCGAUGAUCAUGUCUCUUAUUACGGCCAAUGUCGGAGGCUCUACAAAGCGAACUACUGUGAACGCUUUGUUUUUCGUGUCAUACUGUGUGGGAAACAUUAUUGGGCCGUUUUCAUUUAAGAGUAACGAGGCUCCCACUUAUACUUCUGGAAUUGUGGCCAUGCUAGUAGCCUACUGUGUUGAGAUAUUCUUACUUUUGGCUUUUUCAGCUUACGCUACGACCCUGAACAGAAAAAAAGAACAAGUCCUGCGCAGUCAAGGAAUGGCACUGGAAGAUGCAGACCUUCAACCCGUGGACGAUGUUCCAGUUGAUCAGACAGACAAAGAGGAUAUGUUUUUCCGCUACUCGUUCUAG